ACGUUGAGUAUGGUAAACCGGGGCUUCUUUGACCAGUUUUGUUUUACGAUUUUGAGAGAAGGCUCAGAAAAUUUGUGCAUUACAAGCUAAUCAAAAUCAUUAAAGUAGUCCUGCAAAGUCAAAGUAGCCCCGGUUGACAGUAUAAGUAGAUGAUUACCAAGAGUAGAAUUUGAAUUCUUAAACUUGUUUUCAUAAAUACAUUGCAAAUUUACGUUAUCUAAAACCAUAUUAUUUAAACUUUAGUGCUAAAAUAAUAAUCUACACUUUUUUCAAAUUAAAAGUCUUUUUAAAAACUUUUGCAUCAUCAUCACGGUAAAUUUCUAAAAAAAAAAACUAUAUUCAUUUAGAAGAUCAAUGAAUAAACUUUUCUUAGUUUACUGAAACAAACUAGUUUUUCACACAUGCAUUUAAAAGUUAUUAAAAAUUCUGCGCAUGCCAUUUUACAUUUUUCACCCUCGUCAUUGUAAAGUUUUUUUUUUAGCUUUAGUAUUAUAAAAGACGUCUGACAAUUGACAUGAAAAAAAAACCAGAACAACUUUCAAGAGUACCUGAUUUAUCAAAUCAAGUAAAAAAAGACAUAGAGUACAGUAUAGAAAUGAGUCGCUGGUUUUUAAAGCCUAUAGGACUUUGGCCAAUUGAUCCCCAUGCUUCAACGACAGAAAAGUGUUUACUAAAAAUCUUGAUAGUAAUUGCCAGUUUCCUAUUGUCGUUUAACUUCAUCCCUACACUUCUUCAUGUGAUAAUUAUUGAAAAAAAUCUUGAACAAAAAUUAAUAUUUGCUGGACCUAUAUGUUUUGGAGUCAUGGUGAUAAGCAAAUAUUACUUCUUACUAGCUAAACAUAAAAGCAUCCGCAAAUGCUUCAAACAUAUUGAUACUGACUGGCAUCAAAUCAGACAUACAAAUGAUCGGAAAAUUAUGUGGGCUUAUGCCAAACACAGUCGAUUUAUCAUGAGUUUUUGUGCAAUUUUUUUGUAUGCAGGUGGUAUUUUUUAUCAUACUAUUGCACCUCUUGCAAGAGGAACAAUCUUAACAGCCAACAAUGUCAGCAUUCGACCACUACCUCAUCCAGGAUUUAUUGUUGUUGAAACAAGUCCUCUAUAUGAAAUUUUUUUUAUUGCUCAAUGGUUUUCAGAUUUUGUUAGAUACAGUGUUGGUGGUGCAAUGUGCAGUCUAGGUGUGACAUUUGUUCUUCAUAUAUGUGGUCAACUGAAAAUUAUCAUGUCUCGACUUGAGGAAUUCAUUGAUGCUGACACCUUGGCAGGUAAUAUAAAAUCAAAAACUGCUACGAUUGUAGAGCUUCACCUACGAUCUAUGAAUUUCAUAUCUCGUAUAGAAAAAUUAUUAAAUGAAGUGUGUCUUAUAGAAGUGCUUGGAAGUACAUUGGUUUUGUGUUUGAUCGGUUACUGCAUCUUAGUGGAGAUUGAAAAGGAACAUACACGAGCUAUUGAAAUAUUAACAUACAGUGUCCUUCUCGUGUCAUUUACAUUUAAUAUUUUUAUAUUUUGUUACAUUGGUGAAAUGUUAUCUCGACAGAAAGAAAAAAUUGGUAAUACAGCUUACAUGAUAAAAUGGUAUAAGUUAUCAGGAAAGGAUGCUAAAAUAUUGAUUUUGAUUAUAAAAAUUUCUCAUUACUCUAACAAUUUGACUGCUGGAAAAAUGAUGACAUUAUCAUAUCACAGUUUUUCUGCGAUUAUCAGAACUUCAAUAGCAUAUCUAAAUUUAUUGAGAACUUUGAUAUUAUAAAAAAAUUGUUAUUAUAUUAUAUAAUGUAUGUUAGCCAUUAUUCAUAUAAAAACAAUUUUU